UGGACUACAAAUACCUUUUCCGAUUUCCGAAUUUUCAUUUUUUUUUAUUUUUUUAAAUUCAAAAUUAUGGAAACCUACGUCAUGUCCAGAAUUGAUGAUCAUGAAAUUGAUUGCUACCAUCAAUAUAUAGCCCAGACAAAUUAUCGAUGUGAACGACCAGAAGAUGGGGACGGUAUGAUGUUAGAGCCUCGCGGAUGUUUGGAUAAACCACAAGAGAUCUAUAAGCCCGUGAGUGCAUACAGUUAUCCAAAUGGUCCCCAAUCUUUUGGAGAUAUUGGCUAUCGUCGUCCCGUCAGACAACGACGGGCUCCGAAUUUAGCUAGAAUUAAUAACACACGCAAUGGACUUCAUUCACCUCAAGAGCCACGAGCGGAUUGUGGCGACUAUUACAGCUCAUUACCAGGUUUAGGCAGCUAUCAACGUCCACUGACUCAACAUCGUUUUUAUUUUAGAGGCUAGUUGAGCUUCCUAAUGAAAAGCCUCCAUCACCGAGUUAAAGCAUCGAGCUGAAGGGUAUCAACUCGCAUUAUUCAAGUAUGAUGUAUAUUCAAGUUUCCCGCCCAAUGAUCUGCACUCGGCUCGAGGUGUUACUUGUAGCAUGUCGCUGGAUCCAGAUAUUGUAAAUUGUUUUAUUUGGCUAAGUUGUAGAAUUAAUUAGAUGCAGUUUUCAGAAAUAGAUCAAAUUCGUUAAAUAAAUAAAUAUAAACAUAAA